AUGUCGUUAGCUAGCAUAAAUUCUUUACCUGGCAAUGGACCAGAGAAUGCAACACAAAAGAAGAGAAGAGAGAGUAGUGUGCCUCUACCAACAUUGUCUAUAGAAUUUGAAGGAGGAACACAUGUGAUUAUACGUCCUAAUAGAGUCAUUCGUGGCAAAGUUAUACUUUUUAAUACGGAAACAAUUCAUGUAACAAGAAUAAGAGUCAAGUUUCGUGCUGAAGAAAUCGCUACAGUCAAAGUAGACGAGGGAGCUAGCACGGAUAGUAAAGGAGAAUGGAUUCAUCAGAUGAUCACGUCCUUCUUUGAUACAGACUGGAGAAUCUUUGGUCAAGAAGCUACACCUUAUUCUCAAUGUGGUUGGGAGGAUAUCGAACCUGGGCGUCAUGAAUAUCCUUUUGCGCUCAAGUUUCCAAAUGUAAAUUAUCCACCUUCCAUAGACGAGCCUGCUGGAUUCAGCAUUCGCUAUGUUUGGUCUGCUCAAGCAGAUGGGCCUGCUCUUCAAUCUGGAUUAAAGAGUAAAGAGUAUAUCACACCUUAUAGACCAAUUAUAGUUUCUAUACCAGAUAAAGAAUGGGUUUACAAGACGACGAUUCUUAAAGAAAAAAAGGCUCUUGUUGAAGUACAAGCCAAGUUGGAUAAGCAAGCUUACUGCCCAGAUGAAGCCUUUCAAAUGCAACUCAACAUGACCAUGCUUCAAUCUGACUCUAGAAUCUCCGGCCUGACUUACAAGCUUCGUAAACAUCACGAAGGAAAGAUGCUUGUGCAGCAAGGAACAGCAUUUAGGGAGCAGAUACGUAUUGUUCUUACAGACCAAGUACACAUACAGCCCAAUAAGGCUAUAUCUCUACCCAUCCAGUUUGAUAUCCCUACACGUCUCGUCUCGCCCUCCUUUACCUCACGACACACUCGUGUUCAUUAUGAUCUACUGAUCACAGUCGCUGUUGAACAACAAGGUCAUCUGUUCAAAUCAAACUACCUUACAGAAUUUUCCAUUCCUAUCGCCAUAGCCAAUUUACCCAACGAUCAACUUUUGCGCAUACCCCAACUGACGGCCAUCAAGGAUUACCGUCAAUCAAAAGAAUGCCCGCUAUUUUUUGAUCCGCAGUUGGAAGAGCCACCUCUUCCUCAAGGUGUGCCCAGCGAACUCAUCGGACCACUCACGGCUGCCCUGAUGAAUAACACAAAUGGCGAUGAUCAGCCACCGAGUUAUUUCAGUCUACCUGAACUUCCACCUCAGUUUGAGAUACGAAAGGAACGACAUGAAAAGACCGUCUUUCUGACACGACAGGCACGAGGAGCUCCUGGAAGUGGAGAGUUGAUUGAGGCAACAGUCAUUCCGGGUUUAUUUGAUGAAGAGUGGUGA